UUCUCUUACACCAAAUUCCUUUUCCCCGUAGUGGUCAAGGUGCUACACGUAUCCACGUGGGCUGCUCUGUACUUGAGCCCAAGGAUCCUUUGUUGUUGUAUUCUCUUGCAGUAAUAGCAAUGGCAGCUUCUUCUUUCUCUGUCUGCUUUUCUCUUAAACCCACCAAGUUUCUUGAUUUGCAACAGGGCCGUUCCCAUUUCUUUAAUCCCGUUAAACCCGUUACAAAAAGAGGAUUUUCUUCUUUUCCAUUUUUGAAGUCAUAUAGUAUUACUAAUAACAAUUGUGUUUAUAAUGAAGAUCCAAUUUUUAUCGACAGUCGGUGUAGGAAUAGGAGGCGUUCUCUUUUCAUAACUUCAGUGACACCCCAGGAAGAUUCUGAACCCCAACAAACGAACCAUGAAGAUGGUACUGAUUCAAAGGACUACAGCAAAUUGGAAGAUAAAAAUAAUUUAAAGCCUCCGUCCAACAUGUUGACCCUUAUGCAAGUCUAUAGGGAAGCAAUUUUAAAUGGAGAUGGCAAGACUUUAUCUGAUAUCGAAGCUGUAAUAUGCAUGGUAGAAAAAGAGAAAAAUGAGUUGGUCGAGAAAGUUUCAGAUUUGUCUGCAGAGAUUUCUUCUGGGAAGGAAAAAUACAUUCGAUUGCAGGCAGAUUUUGAUAAUCACAGAAAAAGAUCGGAAAAGGAGAGAUUACGGUUAAGGAGUGAUGUCCAGGGAGAAGUGAUUGAAAGCCUGUUGCCUAUGGUUGACAGUUUUGAGAGAGCCAGGCAACAGAUCAAACUAGAAACAGAAAAGGAAAAGAAGAUCGAUACAAGUUACCAGGGUAUAUACAAGCAAUUUGUGGAGAUCAUGAGGAGCUUGCGCGUGGCUUCUGUUCCCACUGUUGGGAAGCCGUUUGAUCCCUCAAUGCAUGAGGCUAUUGCUCGUGAGGAGUCACAAGUGUUUAAGGAGGGAAUUGUAACGCAAGAACUUCGCAGAGGUUUCUUCCUCGGAGACCGCCUAUUAAGACCUGCAAUGGUCAAGGUUUCAUUGGGACCUGGUAAAAAGAAGCCAUCUCCAGUGGUAAAAAUAUCCACCGAUCAUCCCGCUUCAGUUGCAGGAGCUGAGGAAAGAUAGUCCAGUUACUAGUAUUGUUCCUCUGAAAUUUUUUGUUGUGCUAGAUUUCUUACUAUUUGUAUGGCAAAUGUUUUGGGUUUAAGAAUUGACAACCACUUAUUUUUUUUAAGAGGAUGAGAGAAAUAUGCAGAA